AUGUCGUCUGAGUACCGUUCAAGCUGGGAAGCCGCUAUUCCAGGAGGCACAAAAUGUUUUGCCAUUCCGUUUUUAUUCUUUGCGCUUUCCGUUCACACUGCACAUCUCUUCUCUAUUAUUGGCUUCUCUGACGAACGAGCUGCGCGCGCAGUGUUUGGUGUUGUCUUCAACGAGUGGGCCAAUGUUCUCAUGAAUGGACGGUACUCUGAACGGCUCUGUGUUGUCCCUUUCGUGAAGGCACGAAAACCAUCAACUAGGGAGGUCCAUCUUCUUGUCCAGCCCUACGUGCAUCCCAACGAGGAAGCAGGCGAUCAAGUAUGGAAGAAGCGUAGGGCAGUCCCGAAGACCAGAGGACCGAAUAAAAAGAAAAAAGUAGACCUUGGUGCACUUGUCAUUUCCGAGGCCCAUACGACGUCUAUUGUUCGAAGGACUACUGAUUUGGUUUCGAGUGGUAGUACUACCGUAACGACGAAUAACAGCGACACGCUGAUCGACAACGAGAGCGGUGACGAGACCCAUGGGAUGUCGAGUGAAUCAGAACAUGAAAAGAGUGCAUCAUCGGAGGACGAUGGCACAACUGACGACAGUGCAGAUGAAGAUGGCUAUGGUCCGCAAUCAGAUAGCGACCCUCUGGAUUGGAACCUGGGGUUUGAAUCAUCAGACAUGACACGAGGAAUGGGCGUAUACGAACACACCAGUAACCAGGAUGCAUCUACACCAUCUAGCCCUAUCCUUGGCCACUCUCUCGUAUUAGCACCUUCUCGUGAGCCUUCAGCGACGCCAGAGCUGCCUCGUGAAAUCAAUGAGGUAUCUGUGACCUCCGUCGCAUCGUUUCCCCCGCCCUUUGCGAUUUCCCCUAGCAAGACGGCAUCUACUAUUCUGCAGUCAUCGUCGUUACUUCCCCGAGUCGUUCUGGAGCCGUUGAUUGCACCCUGUCCUUCACAAAAGCCAGUCCCGGCAAGCGAGGGUUUGAUCACGCCAGUUUCGGAUGUCAUAUCAAGUCACACUCCCAAGUCUGUCCUGGAGAACAAAUGGAGAACACCGAAAAACCUCGGCUUAGCUUAACCCCAAGUGCAAAUAUGCUCCAGUAUCGUUCCAUGGAACAUCAAGGCCUCACUGACCACACUUCUCCUCGAAUAUUUGCCACACAAGUUUGACGUGAGGAGCGAACGGCUCAAACUCUGUGUUUAGCCAAGUAAAGCGUAGUGCCAAGAGAGAUCUUUUCCCCCAGCGUUUCGUCGCAUUUCCCCAGAUGUUUGGCUCAACAGAGGUAUGUAGCCAAACAACGCGAUCGUCUUGCGCUAUUCGGUGCAAGAGUAUUUUCGCUUCGUUCUCUCUUCGCUCUCUUCAUCUUGGUCGCUUCGUCACUUCUCCGUUCUCUUUUGACCCACCCACCUACUCCCUUCUUUGUUUGGGUAGCGCCUGGCCUGAC